AGCCGCCGGGGGUGACGGGCCGGGACGAGGGCAGUGGUGAGGUGAACACGUGGGGGACAUGAUAAACACUGCCGUGUGUUCCUGUACAAGCCGUGUUUCCAUGGCCUGCCAAGACCCGUAACACACAAGGAACUGCUUCAGGGUGCCGGUGUGAAGCCGCAGGGAAAGGGGAGCCAUGACACAGUUGAAGCAGAAAGGCGACUUGUUUUCGGUCAAGGUCAAGAAGGAAAAGAAAGGCAGUAAAGGCAAGAAGAAGAAGAAGCAGCAGGAGGGAGACAGAGAGGUCCACGUGAAGAAAACACCCAAGGCUGACCGCUUGUCUGCCCUUGAUGUCCAGCCGUUAACUUACAAGAGCCUGACGGUUGGCCAGGUGCUGCUGGGCUGUGUGUUGGAGGUGAGGGACUAUGAGCUGGUGGUGAGUCUGCCCCAUAAGCUGGUGGGCAGCAUCAGCCUGGCACACAUCUCUCGGCCCUACACGGCUCCUCUGUCCAAGCUGAAGGAUGAUGAGGAGGGGGAGGAGGAAAUCCAGGCCCUGCAGGAGCUGUAUCAGCCAGGCCAGCAUGUGGUGUGCAGUGUGGUGUCCAUCGAGAAGGUCAACAACAUGACCUGGGUGAGUCUCACACUAAUGCCCAAUGAGGCGAACUUUGGCAUCUCAGCAUCGUGCCUGGAGAAGGGUCUGGUGCUGCCCUGUGCUGUGGCCAGCCUGGAGGACAAGGGCUAUGUCAUGGACACAGGCAUUCCCAAGAUCAAGGCAGCGUUCCUCAAGAGGGAGGACACGGAUAAGGCUCGUAGAGACACUUGGGUGGGCAGUGUGCUACGCUGCGUCCUAACAAACAUCUUUGGGAGCGACACCAAAGACAACCUGCGCCUGACCCUCAGUGCCAACCCCAAGGCAGUGAGCUCAGCAACCCUGGACCUAAGCCACACCACCAAUUUGGCACUCCUGCUCCCGGGCACUGCCGUCAACACUACCAUCUCAAAGGCGGGGCUGGAUGGUGUGGUGAACCCCCCGCACCUGGCCCAGCCCUUUGACCGGCUGCAGCAGUACGGCCUCGGAGGCAGCGUGAGGGGCAGGGUGCUGUGCGUCGUGCCCCUCAGCAAGGUGGUUCAUCUCACCCUCCAGAAGAAUGUCUGCACCACGGGCCUUGCCAAGGACCCCAGGGAUGGACAUGAGAUUGGAGACAUCGUUCAAGAGGCGGAGAUCUACAAGUCCUCGCCCAGUGGCAUAUUCCUGAGUUUAGGCGGCAAGGCUCGAGGGUUUUGCUCGGCCAACCACAUUAGCGACAACACCAAGGUCCUCAUGCACAUCAACCGAGACAUCCGGGUGGGCAAGAAGGUCCCGUGUCGCCUCCUCAAGUACAACCACAUGGACCAACUCUUCAUUGUCACACUGCAGAAGUCUGUCCUCGAGCGGCAGUUCAUUGCCUACAGUGAGCUGCAGCCCGGGCAGGUUGUGCAGGCCACCGUCAGCAGCUACGACAGCAACGGCGCACGGCUGGCGGUGAGCAAGCUGAUGAGCGGCCACGUGCCCUCACUGCACCUCACGGAAGGCCCCAUGAAGCACCCCGAGUGAAAGCACAUCGUGAGGGACCAGGUCACUGCCAGAGUGCUCAAGGUCAACUCCAAGAGACAGCACCUCCUCCUGACCCUCAGGUCCCAGAUGGUUACAGCCAAGGAGCCCAUUCUUACCGAGUACUCGCAAGAGGCGGAGAACACUCUCACCAUCGGCUACGUCAUCAAGGCGCUGCCGCAGGGCCUCCUCGUGAAACGACGUGAAAACGACGUGAAAGGCUUCGUCCCCAGGUCGCAGGUCGGCAUUGAGUCGGGCAUGAGUCUAGCCUCGGCAUUCCACGAGGGACAAGUCGUUCGCUGCAGGGUCCUCAAGGUGUCCCCCGAGAAGCAGAACAUCACCCUCAGUCUCCUGGUUGAUGAGGACGUUCAGCCAUUGAGUGGGGCGCCCAAGUCAGCGAGGAAGGUUGAGGUGCGAGCAAGAGUCAGGUGUGUGGUGGACGAGGUGAGGACGCACGUUAUCACAGUCACUGUCCUGCCCCACAACAUCGAGGCUUCCAUACCUGUCCACCACCUCUCGGAUGACCCGAGCAAGUGCCAGCUGCUGAGGGAGGUGCUGAAGGAAGGGGACGAGAUCAUGAAUGCCGUGGUGUUCAGCAAGGAUAAGGCCAAAGAGGGGGUGGAGCAAGGGGCCGACAGCUCUCCCAGCGAGGACAGCCGCGAGGAGAUGAAGGCCAGUGAGGUGGAAGGUGAAGUGAGCGGUGCCAAGCCUUGCCUCACACUGGGAACGGGCCUUGUGUGGGAAGUUCCCGACACGCCGGAGUUCAUGGACUCCUCAGACGGUGAGGACCAAGACGUGCCAAAGAAGAAAGAGAAGAGAAUGCGGAAGUCAGAAAUAAUAGCCCAGUCCAAGGAGGAGGAGCAACAGUUCUCGCGGCUGGAGGAGGGGCGGCGCUCGCCACAGUCAGCCAUGGACUAUGAGGCCAUGCUCCAGGGUAGUCCAAACUCGUUAGCCGUGUGGAUACAGUUCAUCAGUUUCCACCUUGAGGUACUAAUGCAAGAGUUAGCCGGCACUGUCUUUCCUUUCAUGAAGUCCCUGCAGGUGAUGGACGCACAGGAAGAGGAGGAGGAGGAGGAGCGCCUCAACAUGUGGACAGUCCCGCUGAGGCUGGAGGUGCUCUACGGCGGACCAGAGUCUGUGGCCGAGGCGUACCGGGAGGCGCUAGCUACUAACGACCGGCUCAAGGUCCACCUGGCCAUGGCCGUGGUAUAUGCUGAGAGCGACAAACUCAAGGAGGCCGAGAGGGUGUACUUCAACAUGUCCAAGAAGUUCAGUCAGGAGCUGAGUGUGUGGGUGAAGGCGGGACUCUUCUUCUUCAGUCACAACAUGGCUGGGGAGGGACGUCGCUUCUUUGGGCUGGCGCUGCGCUCUCUCGACAAGAAGGACCAUGUGGAGCUCAUCAACCGGUUUGGCCAGCUUGAGUUUCGCUUUGGGGAGACCGAGCGCGGUCGGACCAUGUUUGAGUCCCUCCUCAGCACCUACUGGAAGAGGCUGGACAUCUGGAGUGUCUACGUGGACCUGCUCACCAAGGCCAAGGACAAUGAGGGGGCAAGAAACGUGUUGGAGCGCAUGACGGGCCUGAAGCUGAGGGUCCGGAAGAUGCGGUUCGUCUUCAAGAAGCUUAUGGACUUUGAGAAGGAGCACGGAACACCCCAGAGCGUGGAGGCGGUCAAGCGGAGGGUGGAGAAGUUUGUGGCGGCUGCGAUCCACUGAUGGAGAGAAGGAAGGGAAGGGAAAAGAUGGGGAAGAAAAAUACACCAUGAAAAUU